AUGGAGGGAAGAGAGGAAGAGAAUGGUAUAAAAGAAGAUAGAAUGGAGGUGGAGCUUGAAAAGGUGGAAGAAGCAAGGGAGGAGAGGAAAGAUGAAGUGAUGGAAGAAAACAAUAAUCAAGAUGAUGAUGAGGAGAUGCAAGAUACUGAUUUGAGAUCUGAGAGUUCUGUUUCUAAUUCAGAUGAAGAUGAAGGGUUGCGGUCUGGGAAUGAUGAUGAGUUGGACCUUGAGAAACCUCUGAGUGACGAAGAGGUAGACGAGUUGAUUUCAGAUCUUUUGGGAGUAGAGAGUAAGGCUGCAGAAGCGCAGGAAGCACUUGAAAAAGAGUCUCUUUCUAGAGUAGAGAGUGAGGUUAGGGAGGAAUUAGCACAGACACUUCAUGGUGAUGAGCUGGAUAAAGCUGUGGAAGCUGAAAUGAGGACGUUUAGAGACGAAUGGGAGGCAACUCUUGAUGAGCUUGAAACUGAAAGUGCAAAUUUGUUGGAGCAACUUGAUGGUGCUGGAAUCGAACUUCCAAAAUUGUACGAAAUGAUCGAAAGUCAAGCCCCUAAUGGUUGCUAUACUGAAGCUUGGAAAAAAAGAGCCCAUUGGGUUGGGACUCAGGUAACAAAAGAAACAGGGGAAUCAUUGGCUAACGCAGAGAGUUUUCUUCUCACUCACCGGCCUGUCCGAAAACGACAUGGAAAACUUUUGGAGGAAGGAGCUAGUGGUUUUCUGGAGAAAAAGUUUGCUGACGAUGCUGUUAAAGAGAGUCUAGCUGGAACAUCUGAGCUUGACUGGUCGUCUCUCAACAAAGUUUUUUCGGAAAAAAGGGAUGAGGCUAUUUCCUUCGGUAGUAAGCAUUGGGCUUCUGUUUACUUGGCAAGCACUCCACAACAAGCUGCAGCCAUGGGAUUAGAAUUUCCAGGAGUCAAUGAGGUGGAGGAAAUUGAAGAGAUAGAUACAAGUUUGGCAGACCCUUUUUUGGCCGAUGCUAUGGAAAACGAAAGAGAACUUUCCCUCACUGAAGAACAAAAGAAAAACUAUAUAAGGGUCAAAGAAGAGGAUGAUAUAAAUAUUGAUCGUGAACUUCAACUUCGUUUGAAACGGAAGAGACGCAAGAAAAGAUCUAAACAGGGUAUCAGACACACUUCGGAGGAUAGGGAUGAUGAUUCGGCGUACUUGUAUGGGAAUUCAAUUGCGCCGGACUCUGCUGAAGAUCAAGUAAAAUGUCCGGAGAAUAGCACUCUGUUUCAAAAUAAUGAAGUUAACAAAGAGGAAAACGGGAAUUUGUCUAAUUCAGAUGCAGAUAAGAUGAUCCCCGUCACAGAUGUUAAUAUAGAUACCAUGGGAGAUGAUUCACAGAGUCCAGCAAGCAAUUUUAGGUGUACUGCCUGUAAUAACGUAGCUGUGGAAGUGCACAGUCAUCCCCUUUUAGAUGUAAUAGUUUGCAUGGAUUGCAAACGUUUAAUUGAAGAUAGAGUUGCUAAGCAGGUUGAUGCCUCUUUGGAACGUCACUGUGAAUGGUGUGGACACGUUGCGGACUUAAUAAAUUGUAGGUCAUGCGAAAAACUUUUCUGUGCAUCAUGUAUUAAGAGGAAUAUUGGUGACGAAUACUUGUCCGAAGCUCAAUCCUCUGGUUGGGAUUGUUGCUGCUGCGCUCCAAUUCCCCUGCGAAGAUUGACACUGGAACUGGAGAAAGCCAUGGGAGAUAAGAAAUCAAUGGAGUCUAGCUCGGAUUCCAGCUCCGAUUCUAGCUCUGAUUCCAGCUCUGAUAACAAUUCUGUUGAUACAGAUGCUGAUGUCAAUGUAGCAGUAAGCUCAAAGAAGAAAAUGAAAAAGAAAAUCCGGCGGAUAAUUGAUGAUGCUGAACUAGGAAAAGAUACGAGAAGAAAAAUAGCAAUUGAGAAGGAACGACAGGAGCGCCUUAGGUCCUUGCAGUUUUCUGCCAGAUACAAAACAAUUAGCAAUAUGGGAGAUGUGAAAAUUCCAGAAGGUGCGGAAGCUGAGGUUCUUGGUGAUGCACAGAGUGGUUACAUAGUGAAUGUGGCUAGGGAGAUUGGCGAAGAAGCUGUGAGAGUUCCUCGUAGCAUAUCUGCCAAACUAAAACCCCAUCAGGUUACAGGGAUUAGAUUUAUGUGGGAAAAUAUUAUCCAGUCUAUCAACAGUGUGAAAUCUGGUGAUAAAGGUCUUGGGUGCAUUCUAGCACAUACAAUGGGCCUGGGGAAAACUUUUCAGGUUAUAGCAUUCCUGUACACUGCAAUGAGAUGUGUUGAUUUGGGUUUGAAAUCUGCGCUUAUUGUGACUCCUGUAAAUGUGUUGCACAACUGGCGAAGUGAGUUUAUGAAGUGGAUGCCUUCAGAAGUGAAACCACUUCGCAUUUUCAUGAUUGAAGACGUUUCAAGGGAGAGGAGAUUGGACUUGCUAACGAAGUGGCGAAAUAAGGGUGGAGUCUUCUUGAUUGGAUAUGCCGCUUUUAGAAACUUGUCUCUUGGGAAGGGGGUGAAGGAUAUAAAUGCGGCCAAAGAAAUCUGCAGUGUCUUGAGGGAUGGACCUGAUAUACUUGUUUGUGAUGAGGCUCACAUUAUCAAGAACACCAGGGCUGACACAACCCAAGCACUAAAGCAAGUUAAAUGCCAGAGAAGAAUUGCCUUAACAGGGUCACCCCUUCAAAACAAUCUCAUGGAAUAUUAUUGUAUGGUUGAUUUUGUAAGAGAAGGAUUCCUGGGGAGUAGCCCUGAGUUUAGAAAUCGCUUCCAAAAUCCAAUAGAAAAUGGACAGCAUAUGAAUUCAACUGCAGAGGACGUGAAAAUUAUGAACCAGAGAUCACACAUCUUGUAUGAGGAAUUGAAAGGAUUUGUUCAAAGAAUGGAUAUGAAUGUUGUGAAAAAGGAUCUGCCACCUAAAACAGUCUUCGUAAUAUCUGUCAAACUAUCGCCCUUGCAGCGGAAGUUGUAUAAGAGAUUUCUUAAGCUAUAUGGGUUCAACGAUGGAAGAGCAGAUGAAAGGAUGAGAAAAAAUUUCUUUGCUGCUUACCAGGUCUUGGCUCAGAUUUUGAAUCAUCCAGGGAUUCCGCAAUUAAGAAGGGAAGAUAAGAAACAAGGUCGCCGCGGUAGCAUUGUUGAUAUUCCAGAUGAAUGUUCAAGUGAUGAAAAUUUAGACUGCAACAUGGUUGUGGGAGAGAAACAGAGGAAUAUGAGUGAUUUGCAAGAUAAAGUUGAUGGCUACCUCCAGAAGGAUUGGUGGGUCGACCUACUUCAAAAAAAUAACUACAAGGUCUCGGAAUAUAGUGGCAAAAUGAUUUUGCUAUUGGAUAUUUUAUCCAUGUGCGCUCAUGUGGGUGACAAGGCGCUCGUGUUUAGCCAGAGUAUCCCGACACUGGAUCUCAUAGAACUGUAUCUUUCAAGAGUAUCUCGUCGUGGCAAACAAGGAAAGUUCUGGAAAAAGGGCAAAGACUGGUAUAGAAUUGAUGGAAAAACCGAAAGCUCAGAACGCCAGAAGUUGGUUGAUAAGUUUAAUGAGCCUGAAAACAAAAGGGUGAAAUGCACUCUAAUCUCGACCAGAGCUGGAUCUCUUGGAAUUAAUCUUUAUGCUGCUAACCGUGUGAUCAUUGUUGAUGGUUCAUGGAAUCCAACUUAUGAUCUUCAAGCCAUCUUUCGAGCUUGGAGGUAUGGCCAAAAGAAGCCAGUAUUUGCGUACAGGUUGAUGGCACGUGGGACUAUCGAAGAAAAAAUAUAUAAACGGCAGGUGAACAAGGAGGGGCUCGCUGCGAGAGUGGUGGAUAGACAACAAGUGCACAGAACUAUCUCCAAAGAAGAGAUGUUGCAUCUUUUUGAAUUUGACGAUGACGAUGAAAAAUCUGACGCUGUCACCGAGAUAAGCAAGCGAAACGAUAGCCAAAACACAAGAUUAUUGACAGAGAAUUCACAGAAACAGAAGGCCGCUACUUCAUCUCGCGUCGGUUGCGACUCUGACAAAUUGAUGGAGAACUUACUACAGAGACACAGCCCCGACUGGAUUUCUAGUUUCCAUGAGCACGAGACGUUGCUACAAGAAAAUGAAGAUGAAAGACUGACAAAGGAAGAAAAAGACAUGGCAUGGGAAGUUUACAGGAAAGCACUUCAGUGGGAAGAAGUUCAACGAGCCCCCAUCAGCGAAGCACCUGUGCUCCAAAAACCUUCGCCUUCACCACAAAUACAGCCCUUACGCCACCCAAGAGGGUUCAACAGAAGUCGUUUUGUGAACCGAAGCUGCACUAGAAUCGCGCAUCAGCUUACACUCAUAAGCCAAGGAAGAAAAGUGGGUAGCAGCACGGUCUGUGGGGAGUGUGGGCGCGUCAUAACGUGGGAAAAUGUUACACCAGCAUCCAAACUUUCGUCAGAGGUAAACUAG